AGCAGCGGAAGAGGAUGUGCGAGUUUCGUUUCCGAGUGACCUAACUACUUAGCUUCUUCUGUUAGCAUCAGUUAAUAAUCUGUAUCUCCUACAAUGGAACUGUCCAUUCUUACAAUAGCAAUUAUCAUUUUUUGAUGGCAAGCUUCACAUUUUUCACCCAAGAAGCGAUUCAAAAAUAAAUGAGCGUUACUAGCUUAAAGCAUAGCUAAAUAGACUAGCUAUUGUUAGCCUCUUUGAUUGAGCUAGCUAGGCUGUCGGCGAUUAAAAUGAGUUGUCAAACGUUAGCUGCGUUGUGUUAGUAUUAGCUGGCUAGCUGAGUAUCGAUUGCUAGCUGAUUUAACGCUUACACAUUUAGCUAUCUUGGCUCAACGUUGGCUAGGUUCACUCUUGCAGCUCCUUUGGAUGUUCAGUGUGUCAGGAAGUGACUCUUCAGCCCCAUGUCUGCUGAGGCUUCAGUAGGCAGUCAUGCUGCUGACUCUGCCCAGUCUGCUGUUUCCCAGCCUGCCUUCCACAACACAGAUGAGUUUAGCAAUCGAGGUCUUCUGGGGAGCAAGUAUGUCAAAUUAAAUGUGGGUGGCUCACUACAUUAUACAACUGUUCAGACAUUAAGCAAGGAAGACAGUCUGUUGCGGAGCAUAUGCGAUGGAGGAACAGAGGUUUCCAUAGACUCAGAAGGUUGGGUAGUUUUGGAUAGGUGUGGCCGACAUUUUGGACUUGUUUUGAACUUCCUGCGAGAUGGCUCAGUGCCACUUCCGGAGGACCACAAAGAACUGGAUGAGGUCCUGAAGGAGGCCCAGUACUAUCGGGUCCAGGGACUGGUCCAGCACUGCCUCAGUGCCAUGCAGAAACAAAAGGAUGUCUUUGAAACUGUGUGUCGCAUCCCCAUGAUCACCUCAGCCAAAGAAGAACAGAAGAUGAUUGCUACUUGUAGAAAGCCGGUAGUAAAAUUGCAGAACAACAGAGGAAACAACAAAUACUCUUACACCAGCAACUCUGACGAUAACCUGCUGAAGAACAUUGAACUGUUUGACAAACUGGUGCUACGAUUUAAUGGACGCGUCCUGUUCGUCAAAGAUGUGCUUGGGGAUGAGAUCUGCUGUUGGUCUUUCUAUGGUGAAGGUCGCAAGAUUGCCGAAGUAUGCUGCACUUCCAUUGUCUACGCCACAGAGAAGAAGCAGACCAAAGUUGAGUUUCCUGAGGCUCGAAUCUUUGAAGAGACCCUCAAUAUCCUCAUUUACGAGAAUGGCAGAGGAUCUGGUCCAGGAGGCUUACACCUCUUAGAUUCAAGAGGCUCGGCUUCAUCACUGGGAGCAGAGGAAGAGGGAGCUACGGGAGGCGAGAGGCGAGUAAGACGGAUCCACGUAAGGAGGCAUAUUAUGCAUGAUGAAAGAGGGCCCGGUCAGCAAACUGUGUAUAAGGACUAAUAAUGUGAAACACGAGGCUCGGGAGAGUGAAUUUAUAUACGUUUGUUUUUUUCUUGAUUGCCAGAAUGAAAGAGAUGUCCGUGAUCAUAGCAAUAGCUUGGUAGCUAGUUAUGUCGUUCAAAUAUCUUCAUACGUCACUGCACAGAAAUGUAGGAGUCGAUGACUGAUCUGUAACUGAAGUAAGAGUUGUUUGGACAUCAAAAAUGCUUCUGUUUACAAGAAAACAAAUUGUGUACAUUAUUUAAAUAGGAAAUGUGUAAAAUUACCUGGGACGUGAAACUGGCAUAAGUAUUGCUUUUCAAAUGUUAAGGAACUUCCUGUGAGUUACCGAAUGGGCCUAAAAGCCCAUCUCCCACCCCACCUGUUAGAGUGGGUGUUAAUGAUAUGCACUGGCACCCUCCUCUGUUUGACUUAUAGGAAACACUGUCAGUCUGUUUAUUCAGGGUGUGAAACAUCGGUGGCCUGUUCAUACGUUGGAUUGAUCUGCUGCCUGGCAGUAAUGAACAGAGGAUGGUCAAGCUUAGCCUAGAUAUGUUAACACUGGAAUAAAACUGGGUAGCCGUUUAAGGAAGGUUGUCUAUGAAUGAGAUUGUUGAGCAGCUCCAUUUUCUUUAUUUAAAUUAUUACUGCUGUUGCUUCAAGAUGUUUUUAUUAAUUAAUUUAUGAACCUAAUUUAUUGUUUGGUAUUUAACUUUUGUAUUGUAUGCAAUCUUUGUGUUAACUAGUGCUCAAGUGAGUUUAAAUUGUUGGAAUGAUAUGAUUCACUGUACGGCGCACACACCAGAUUUUAAUUUACUCCUGUAAAUGACUAAAUAGUGUACUUACAUUUCAGUUUAAUGUUUCAUGAGGAACCUUGAUCAUUUCUUUGAUAUUGUGUUUUAUUCUGAGCCAUGAUCUUUCACUUUCGCUUUAUGUUUUAUACUGAACCACUGAAAUUUGCUGCAGGUGAUUGGCCAUACAGUGAUGAUAGGCAGUUAAUGCUUGGUUUUAUUUGUAUUCCCUCCGGGGAGAGGAUACACAUUUUCUUUCUGAUAUUCACCAGUGUUUUGAGUAAACCUAAUCUCUCUGAAUAUUGGGGGGAAAAAAACAUUGAAUGAGAGCAAUAUGUAUCUCGGACCCUUAAUAAUAUCACCUUAGAAUACCUUCAAAUAUGCACUAAUAUGACUUCCGUCCUAUUGUGGUCAUGGGAAUGUUCUGAAUAAAUUACUUGUGAAAUCAAACUGAA